UCCGUCCAUCCACUUGGGGAAUAGUCUCCUAUAAUUAUAUUGAAGGAUUGGAUUCUUGAUUGAUGAUAAUAUUACUGAGAGUUGGGAGAAGAAUAUAUGUUUAGUUAGUGAAUCAGGGAUUGUGGUUUUAUUUUCCUGGAAGUGGUUUCCAGCUAGCUCUCCUACCAUUUUUUUAGCCUAAAUUGAUGGAAAGUUUGUCCCUUUCAUGUUUGUUGCUGGUAAUGGAGGUAAAGGGGUUUAUCUGUUUUGUGGAGUUUGGGUAGUGGCUUUGUGUGUGUGUGUGGAAGGGGGAGCCAAAAUGGAUUUGUGGGUUGUUGCAGCCGUUGCUGGAGCUUGGUACUUAGCUAAAUAUUGGAACAGGUUUUCAAAGAAUGGUGAUGGCUCAUCUCAUUUUUCUUUAGAGGAUUUCAAUUUUGAGAAUCCUGAGUCCCUAAGCCAUCCAUUUUGCAAACAAGCACAGAGAGAUGAAUUGGGCAACGAUGUUUGUUUAGAUAGUAGGGCUUUAGAUGUGAAUUCACCUGAUGGUUUUUUGACAAUAGAAUUGGCUUAUAACAAAGGGCUUGGUAGUGAAAAAUUAAGAAGCUUCAGGAAUUGCAAUGAGAGUGAUGAUGUCCUUUCUGCAUCAAACUUUAAUGAUGGAAAUGUGCAAAGCACCAAUAUUGGUGGCAAUUGUGGUUUCCUGCUUCCUGAUUUGUCUGCAGGAGAAGUGGGUUCUGUUCAUAAGCAUUCUGGAAACAAAACCUCUCUCAGGACUAAGCAUUUGUAUGGCCAUAUUAGUAGGCCUUUAAACUCCUUAGAAAGUUGUCUAAUGGCUCAGCUUUGCAAACAACAUGUCAAAAUGGAAGAACGCGUCUUUAGUUCCCUCUCAUCACUACCCACGGCUACAAGGUCAUUUCUUGUUAGUGAUAGAAGCCAAAUAAUCAGCACAACAAAUGAUGAGGAUAAUACUGGAAGUGAAGAAAAUAAGUUGCAUAGAGAAGUCGGUCAAGUUAAAGAUGAAAAUCUAUUAUUUGGAGUUCCUUACUUACCGAAAACAGAAUCAUUUAAUGAUGCCAAGAAGAUGAAAUCCAAUGCAGGCAAUGAACAAAGUGGGAGAUUGAGCUCUUCCAAUGAUGUGUUCAGUGGAAGUCGCAUCCAUACUCAACAUGAUGCAACAUUUCUCUUCAGUCUCGGCAUUUCUUUUGGGAUAAUAACUUCCAUCUUGGCAAAUAAAAGAGAAAUGGAUAAGUUAAGAAAGUUGUUGAAGCAGACUGAAAACUUGGUUCAAGAUCUACAUGAGGAACUUGAAAUUAAAGAUUCAAUGACAGUGAAGGAGUUACACAGUGAAAAUUAUGGUUCACAGGAUACGUGUGAUCAUUCUUUCUGUGAUAAGGAGCUAAAUGGAUUUUAUGCUGAACAGCACAUGGAUAAUUCUCCAAUAAUUGACUGCAAAAAAUCAUAUGAUCAGAAGGAAGAGGAAAGUUCAGACGCUAUGAGCAAAAUUGAAGCUGAGCUUGAAGCUGAACUUGAGAGAUUGGGUUUAAACAUGAAUGAAUCUAGUCAAGAAAGAACACUGUCUGAGCUUUUAGAGCUUGACCCAGACUUCGUAGCAGAUUUUGCUCAAGGUGAGUUGCAAACUGACAUGAUCAAUGGGAAAGAUUUUGUUCAUCCAAAAUUAAAUGACGAUGCUGGGGACAAUAUGAGUUUCCCUGCAAACUAUGCUGUUUCGGCUCAUGAACUAAGUCUGCGUUUGCAUGAAGUUAUCCAAUCCAGACUUGAGGAACGUGUUAAUGAGCUUGAGAUUGCCCUCCAAAAUAGCCAGAGGAAAGUACGGUUUAUGGAAUCAGAACAUGAAGGUUGUUCCCAAAAGUACUUUCCAUCCUCCUUUACUAAAGGAAAUAUAUUGACUUAUGAUGGUUGUGACCUGAUUUGCCGACCCCAACUAGUUUGGGAUAAAGGUGAAGUUGAUAUUAUCUAUAGUGACCCUAUAGCCGAUACCCAAGUUAUGAAUUUAUCAGGUGAAGCUCUAGGUGCACACAAUGAUGCCUGUGAAGAAUUAAUAAGGAUACCCGACUUGGAAGAAAACUCACCAUCAGGCAUCCAUAGUCCUGAUCACAAAGUAUGUUCUUGUUCACAUGAUUGGCAUGUAUUAGGGGUUCAACAUUGUGGAACAAAUGGUCCCCUAACUUAUUCCACUGUUAAUGGAGAGAGACUAUUAAGGGAACUCUCUUCUGGCGAGGUCACAAUGUUGGAAGGGCAAAGCUCCAGUAUUCAUGAAAUAAAUGAUGUUCCUGGAGAUGAAAAUUGUGACUGUGAUUAUGAAGUAGAAAGGCAAUUAAUAAGACAAAUUGUUGAAAGGACCAAGAAAGGUUCUCCUGUUUUCAAAAAUGCACGAAGGAUAUUGAAUUCUAUGGAUGAAGGUGAACAUUGACAUCAGAUACUUUUUAGGUGUGUAUAAAUAGAAGAGGGGAGUACAUUUCUUUUUUUUCUCUUGGGGUACACAUAGUACUCAUUAAUACAACAAAGCUUCCCUUGACCUUAUUUUUGCAUCCUAUUCCGUGUGAUGAUCAGCAUAGCUCUCUUUGCAUGCUUUAGAGUUCACUGCCUUAAAACUCAGGACCAGUGAAAACUUUUUUU